AUGCAACCGGUAACAAAAACACAUUGGGCCUUUGCGACUUAUGUCCUGGCCACCUGCCUGCUUGCCUGCAACAACAGGCAUACCGAUACCAAUACAGAACAGAUAGCCCGUGAAGCCAUGGCCUCCGAUGAAGCAAAGGAUCUUACCGGUACGUUCACCGCGGGCGGGAAAGCUUAUAGUGGGCGGGAUGUGAGCGAUAAUCAUCCCGCACUGAUGCAACUGGAAUUUAAAGACGAGGCCAGUGCGCGUACGCCCGGCACCCUUAAGAUUGCCACGCCCGGUUAUGGCAGAGACUUGCCCAAAGACGCGGUUACGCUCACUUUCGACAAUAGUUAUACCAGUGAUGAUGACUUGCCGGGCGGCACCCUAAGUGUCCGCAAAGACGGCGACAAUAACGUCAUUGUCUUCGACCAGAUAACGCUCCGCGAACCGGUUGAUAAAAAGACCGCUUUUAAAAAACCGGACAUUAUUAAAAAGCUGUACCUGCACCAAUCGUUGCUCUACGCCUUUAGCGCGCUGGACAAUAAGGACUCUAUGCUGCAUUAUAUGCAUGAGCUGGAACAGCUAAUAACCACACUGCCUGAUACCAAUAGCAACAAACUGAUUAUUACCAAUACCAUUGCCAGCUCCUAUGGCGCCCUUAACCAGUAUGAAAAAGCAAUCCGCAACUAUGGCUGGGUGAUCCGCCUGGCGAUGCAACAACAGGAUAGCAUCGCGUUAAGAAAUGCGUUUGUCAAUACCGGGCUGAUGUAUAAUGAGACCAACGAUGAGCGCAUGGCGGCUAAUUAUACAAUGGCUGCACUGCCCUACCUGGACAAUGACCCUUACAGCAACCUGAUUAUUUUUUCUAACCUGGCUGAUUAUUAUACCAUGCUGAGCAUCCUUGAUUCGGCAAAAUAUUUUUUGAGCAAGGCUGAAAAGCAGGCCGCCCUCAGUAAGGACGAGGCUAAUAUUUAUACACUGGCUACCAAACGUGCCAACCUGCUGCUCUAUGAGAAAAAAUACCGUGCUGCGGAACCUUUGCUGGAAAACAGCCUCCGCUAUUUCCUGGGUCAGCCACCGGGUGUUGAACUGCUAUUGAUUGCCACCAGCGACUCGAUCAAGGCAGACAAGGCCACGGAACGAUUGGCUGAAUUACAAACACAAUACCAGACUUAUAAAAAGGAAGAAACGAUCAACUCCCUGCAAAAGGAAAGCCGCAUUAAAAGCCUGGAGAUACAGGCGGCCCGCCGCAAUAAAACACUGUUCCUUAUACUGGGUAUUAUCCUGCUGGCGACGUUGGGUAUCCUCUGGUACAUCCGCAGCCUGCGCAGCAAGGCCGGCUUGCAAACCCUGAAGGCAAAACUGGAAAUGAAAGCCCUACGCAGCCAGAUGAAUCCACACUUUAUCUUCAACUCACUCAACUCUAUUCAAAAGUACAUCUGGGAAAACCGGCAGGAAGACGCGUCUGAAUACCUGACCAAAUUUGCCCGCCUGAUCCGCCUGGUAUUGGAGAACUCAAGGCAUGCCGCAAUCAGCCUGGAAGAAGAGCUGAAUGCACUCCGGCUGUAUAUUGAAAUGGAACACCGGCGGAACAAUCAGAAAUUCGACUACAGCAUUACACUGGCCCCGGAUAUUGAUGCGACGAAUACAUUUAUUCCCCCGUUGCUUUUACAACCUUAUGUAGAAAAUGCGAUCUGGCACGGGCUCAGUCCGAAAGAUGAAAGGGGCAAGCUGACAGUAUCUAUUGAAAAGAAAAACGGCACGCUGGUCUGCACGAUCGACGAUAAUGGUAUCGGCCGCCACAAAGCAGCAACGCUGCGCACAGAUGCCAUCCCUAAAACAUCAAUGGCCAUGAACAUAUCUAACCAACGUAUUGAAUGGCUGCAGAAGGAAGCAGGGUUUAAUGCUACCGUAACCAUCACCGACAAACAGGCCGAUGGCCUGGCCAUAGGAACCACUGUUUUACUAACGCUGCCACUGACGAUCCAAUAUGAUUAA